UCUCUCUUUCUCACCUGGGCACAUCCAAACCACAAAAUCAAACUUCACGACCUAAAAUAGUAAAAUCCCCAAUUUCAACCAUUUCCCAAACAAUCGAAAUUAGGGUUCUUCCUCCACUGUUUCUCUAUCCUCUUCGCUAAUUUUUCUCUUGCAUCAUCGGAAAAAAGCAAAGAGCUGUUUGGUUGUCUGAUACUGCUAUCAUGAAGUACCUGGAAUACACUCCUCUUGAUCGUAUAAGUGACUUCUUGAGUCACAUAAAUCUUGGAGAACGUAGUGUCAAAGGUUGCCUUGAAGCUUACUCUUGCAAACAUACGGGAACUGAUAAGAAGCUGUCUCUCAGUUUGGAGAAUGAGAUUCUUGGUUAUCUUGAAAAUUCUUUAGACAACAACUCUUCGUCACCAAUUGAAUAUCUAUAUUGUAGAUCCAGCCAAAAGACAUUGAUAUAUUUGCUUCUUACGCUCCAUCAAAUCUAUCCAGACUACAACAUCAGUGCAGCGAAUGCUCACCAGUUAUUUUCUGAGGAAAGCUGGGAUAGUUUUAAGCAAGUUUUUGACAUCUACAUGUUCGAGGCAUCAAAGGAAUGGCUUGAGACAAAUGAGAGCAGUUCUCUGCUGGCAACGCUGUACAAGGCUUUGGACGAGGUUGUGAAAGUCCCAGAAUGUGAAAUCUAUGGUUACAAUCCAGAUUCUGAUGCAGAUCCAUGUGAGGAAAGAGGCACCAUAUGGUCAUACCACUUCCUCUUCUACAAUAAGAAAUUGAAGCGCAUUGUCAGUUUCCGCUUCAGUUGUGUGAGCAACUUGGAUUUGGAAGAUGGGAUAAGCUAUUAGGAUGAGUUUAUCCCUACAAUUUUGGAGCUUUCAAGAUGAUAUGGAUGCUUAUGUGGAUUUUGUUUGCUAAGUGGCUAGAAAUCUUGCAAAUUUAUUAUUAAUAUGUUUGUUACAUUAUGAUGUGAUGUGAAAGUAAACUACUUUUGAAACUGAAAGAAUAUUGCAGGGAUAUGUUUAAAAAAUAGUGAAAAAAUUGUAAAUUUGAUGAUGUGAUAGUAAGAUUUAUUUGAUGAUGUAAUAGUAAGAUUUACUUUUGAAA